CCUCGCAAAUUCCCAUUCAAAUCCGACAAUCUAUUAUACAGGGCCCAUGUUGAGGCCGGCGUGAGGGUCUGUGCCCCUCUUCCCAGUCCAGUUGCCGGGCCGAUCUGCCCCUCUUGGAUCGACGUCAGCCAGCCGCACAAGAGCCUCACAACUAUCUCCGUUCAAUAGAUAUCAUAGAUCAGCCAUUGCUUCGUUUCAAUUUCAAUUGCAUCCUCGUACCCAAACAAUUAUAAAAUUGUUCACACCAAUUGACCGACAAUAUGUCCAAGAACGCGCAAUCCAAGAUCAUCUCCAGAGGUCCAUUGGACCCCUCAGAAGCCAAAUGGGCCCGACUGGUCAAAACCACCUACUCCGACCCCAACGGCGUCGAGCGCACCUGGGAAUCUUCCGAAAGAACGACUCGCCCGGAGACCUGUGAGAUUGAUGGCGUUGGGAUCGUGACCAUCCUCAACAAGGAGACCGGUCCAGAGCUGCUCCUGCAGAAGCAAUACCGGCCCCCGAUCGACAAAGUCGUCAUCGAGGUUCCAGCCGGAUUGAUCGAUGCAGGUGAGACGGUGGAGGAGUGCGCCGUCCGGGAACUCAAGGAAGAGACGGGGUAUGUGGGUGUGGCGGAGCAAACGAGCAGUGUCAUGUUCAAUGAUCCCGGGUUUUGCAAUACUAACCUGAACAUGGUCCAUGUCCGGGUGGAUAUGUCCUUGCCUGAGAAUCAGAACCCCAAGCCGGAGCUGGAGGAUAAUGAGUUCAUCGAGUGCUUCACGGUGCCCUUGUCGACGCUCUUUGCGGAGCUGAAGAGGCUCGAGCGCGAGGGUUAUGCUAUUGAUGCCCGGGUGGGCACGAUAGCGGAGGGGAUCGAGCUUGCGAAGAGGUUCAAGCUUUGA